CGCUCAUUGGGGCUCAAGCGGCUCCGAAUUAGGCUCUCGCUGACCUGCCAGUGCGGACGGCCAGGCCAUGCAUCAUAACACAGAAUGCCGCGCCUCCUGUUCGCCAGCACCGCACCUGCGUUCGCAACGCUUCGGGGUCACACGCUCUUCUUUGAUGUCGUGAAAUGGGGCGAGCUUGUCAGCUGGAGAACUGGAGCACCGGAGAGGCUGCAACUUGCGCUGGUUGGAUCUUUCCAAGAACAAAAUCGUGCGCAUGGAAAAUCUGGAUGGUCUGAGCCAGUUGGUCUUUGUAGAUCUGUCCUCCAACAAGAUAACGAAGGUGGGCGACAACUUUCAGCGUCAAGUUCCCAACGCAAACCGGCAAACCCCAUUUCCAAGUUGGUGGACUUGGAAGGUUUGAAGUCUGCAACAGCCUUGCGACACCUCGCCUUUCAAAACGUGGACUCGUCAGACUCUUGUCCAAUUUGCUCUUUGCCAGAGUCUUGGGUGGAGUUGAUGUCCUUUUCCAGUGCCUCGGCAUGUGUGUGACGUUUGCCAGUUGGGAGCGCGUGAAGCAAGUCGUCCGCACCAGCCUGGCGCACAAAACAGC